CCAGUCCACCUAGCCAGUCCACUUCAGCGACUCUCGCCGAUCGGAUCGACGUCUACGCGUUCGCUGUUUGUCCGCUUACUUGCGCCAGCGACGACGCAGUACCGCGUGCUCUGGCGGAUUCCGGCAAUCUGCCUCGGGAUUUCUCGCGUAUUCGCGAUUUUCUAGAUAUUUCCAUCUAUUGCGUCCGACUUGUUGACGUUGAUCAGGGUUUGAACCACACCGAGGAUGUUAAAGUAAAGGAAGGAAGUUAUGAUGAAGUUGACUAACGUCUGAAAGCAAGUGAAACACCGUCAGAAGGAAUAUCGUACGCUUGGACUGUUGGUAAAAAAGUGUGUCAACUAGUGAUAUUUCUGUGUUAUAAUCACAGCAAGCUCUUAAGUUAAAGCCUUCCAUUCAUUACACAAUUAUCAAGCAUCGUGGAUACAGAAAAGUGUAGAUAAAAGUCAACGUGGUAGCCGUUGGUCGAGAUGUAAGCUAAUCGCUGGAACGCUCCUUUCUCCGCAAAUUGCUCUCUCCCUUCCUCAGUGAAAGAGUGCGCGCACCGAAGGACACGCUGGUAGCCCGGCAGCAGGUGGCCAAUUGAUGUAUUCGCCUCCACGCCACGAGGAUGAUGAUGAUGGACAUGGGCAUGUACGGAACUUACGGCAAGCCUGACUCAUACCCCAACUACGUGUGCACGGGUCAAGGAAAUCAUCAUCAUCAUCAACCCGUGUCCGUCGGGGGACACGUGCCUGUGCCAGCUUCGCCGGAACUCGCUCCAGCGCAUUACUUCCCUCAGACCGCGGUUUCACCUUACUCGUCCUCUUCCUCGGAGAGUUUCCUGGCGUCAGAGUCCGCCACAUCUUCCGGCACGCCUCCACAGGGCUUCUACUCGCCGUCGGCGGGUGUUCUGCACGAGGAUGGUUCCACGACCGCGAUAAUCUCCUCGGAGAACGGUCUGAGUUACACUAAUUUGGAUUACGCUUCCUCGUCGUCAUCGUACGGCCAGCAGCAUCAGCACGCGAACGGCUCCCAUGGAUCGGUAGAUCCUCACCAGAGUUACCACGUUCAGCAAGCGGCGUACAGAGACGACCAUCAUCAUCAUCACCAUCCAGCUUCUUCCUCGGGCAACGGUCUUCAUCAAGGUCCCAUGAUGACCGCUGGCCACUCGAGAACGGAGCAUGACCAACAACUGCACCAUCAGUCUUCUAGUCAUCACCAUCAUCACCACCAUCAUCAUCACGAACCUGACUAUCAGCUCGCUGGUACCACCAACUAUCUACAUCAGCUGCCCACCAGUGAAGACUCGCUUCACUAUCAUUCGCAAAUCCGACAAAACGACUACAGUGGACAUUCCGCUGGCCACUACAAAGAGGAAAAUCCGGAUCCAUCGUGUUAUCACGUGCUGCAACAGUCGGGCCAUCCUCAACACCCGCACCAACAUAGUCACGGACAUCAUCAUCAACAGCAUCCCCAUAGUCACCAUCCUCCGCAGCAGCAACAGCCGCAACAGCCACACGUACCCACUUACAAAUGGAUGCAAGUGAAGAGGAACGUGCCCAAACCAGCUGCAGCAAAGACAAAUCUAAAUGUGGGAGAAUAUGGCGGUAGCACAGUUGGAGGUGGAAACGGAUCCCCCUACGCAACUACGGCGAACGGUCCUGUGAACUGUCUUACCGGCGGACCUAUGGCUGGUAUUGCAGGUAGCUUCAACAAUACCGGCCGAACCAACUUCACGAACAAACAACUAACAGAGCUCGAAAAAGAAUUUCACUUCAAUAAGUACCUGACCAGAGCAAGGCGUAUUGAAAUCGCAUCAGCGUUGCAGUUAAACGAAACGCAAGUAAAAAUUUGGUUCCAGAACAGAAGAAUGAAGCAGAAGAAAAGAAUGAAAGAAGGUUUAAUACCGGUUGAUAAUACAACUGUAACACCACUCAGUGGCGCCAGGAGUUCGAGUAAUUCACCAACUAGUUCCUCCAGUCACGAAACUAGUGGUCUCGGAUUAUCUAGUUUUACGAACGAUAAUAGUCGGGAAUCCCCACCCUCGUCUUCGAAAGAUUGACGGGUUCCUUACUGCAGCAACGAACGUAUCUAUGGCCUACGACUUAACGAUGAUUGGUGAAAAUUAAGAAAAAAAGCGUUAUUUUAAAUCAUGUGAUUUGAAUUUACAUGAAUUUCCUUGCUGCAGCAGCAACAAUAUCUAUAAUAGUAUUUCCAAUUUUAAUAGAACUGAAUUAUUGUAACAAUAUAUGAUACACUCUUUCGACGAUCUUGAAAAUUAUCAAAAUUAAUCGAAUAUAGUAUAGAAAUUGAACAAUGUAUGUACCAAUUAAGCGAACUAUUUAUUUUCGUUUGAGUUAUAUAUGCCGUAAAGGCAAUAUGAACAGAAUUCCUGAAAAGUUACCAUAUACCUCAGUUUGUGUAAAUGGUAUAAUGAUAUUUAUAUAUAAUUAUAAAUACCAAUGAUUGAUCACAGCAUAUUAUGUAAAAACAAUUGUGAAAAUAUUCUCAGAUGCUAAUUGAUUACAUCUAGAGACCAACUUUCUUUUUGGUGAGGACAAUUAUUGUUUGAUGUUAUCAUUCUUACUAUAUGGUAAUAUUGUUUUAAUUACUUUUUUACUCGCCUUUUCUCGUUCUGUUUAUUGCGAGAUAUUCCAACAUUGAUAAAUUUACAUACCAAUGAAUAUUGUUAACUAUUCAAUACUUGCGAAUUAUUGUAAAAUUCUUGUAUAAAUUUUACAUUCUCAAAGAAAUUAUUAGAUACUGAUAAAGAUAAUAAAAAUGAUCUUCAUAAAUGUAACAGUGUACUAGUAGAUUAUAAACAUUCUAUAAUGAUAGCAUGAUAACAGUAGUUGUGCUCCCAAUUUGAAUAUCUUCUGUAUGUAUAUGUACAUAUAAUCUAAUGCAAAUCUUGUGUGAGCAGCAAUGUACGUCAUUAUACAGUAAGACAUUACCAGAGUAUUUAAAAAAUACAAGAAGAAGAUCAUUGCACAGACGCUAUAGCUAAUAAUUGAAAUGUAUAAAUAAGAAAUUACACUGUAUGAUGAACUUAUUUUAAAAUGAUUGCAAGAUUUGCAUUGAUUCUAUUUAACUUAAUUUGAUCACUUAAAAGUUAACAAAUUAAUGUAAUCGUAUAGUUAUAUAGAUUAUAUUGUGAUCUAAUAAGAAAUUCUGUACCUAAAUGAAUUUGGAUAUAAUAAAUUGUGAUUAUUCUGUAGUAUUACUUAGAAUUCUGUAGAGAGAAUAAAAUAUUAAUACACUACGAAAGAAAACUUAUAAAAUCCACUGAAACUCCGAAAUAAAAUGAUUUACCUAAUUA